UCACAAAUGUCACAGUCAAAGUCAAAUAGUCAAAUGUCCCGGCGUCGGCAUCUUCACUUACAGAUUUUAAAAUUUCAGUUUUUAUUCUUUAUUCAGUUGAUUUGUAAUUGUAAGUAAUAAGUAAUGGAAUUUAACACUGAAAUUGAUGAAAAGUUUGUUGAACAUGACCAAAAAUAUAUCCUUAGUCAGCUGUCCACAUCAAUGGAUUUAAAGAAUGAACCAGAAGAAGAAAAGUCCAGUAAAACAACAGUGGGAGUAAAACUCAAAAUUAAGGAAGAGUUUGUUGAAGGCGGCCAAAUAUAUGUAGAGAGUCAGCUAUUUACAUCUCUAGAUCAUAAAGAGUUGAAGAAUGAACCAGAAGAAGAUAUUUCAGAUAUGGAAGUCAAAGUUGAAAUUAAGAAAGAGUUUCCUGAAGAUGAACAAAGAUAUGUAGAGAGUCAGCUAUUCACAUCUCUAGAUCACAAAGAGUUGAAGAAUGAACCAGAAGAAGCUAGUUCAGAUAUGGGAGUCAAAGUUGAAACUAAGGAAGAGAUCGCUGAAGAUGAACAAGGAUAUGUUGAGAGCCUGCUAAUUACACCUCAAGAGCUUAGAGACUUAAAGAAUGAGCCAUGUGAAGAUAACUUGGGUAUUUCUUACAAUAAGAACCCAAUGGAAAUUAUGGAAACGUUACCUGAAGAUUCGUUUAAUAAAAAACAAAUAAGUCUAAACUCCGAAGAAGUAUCAAUAAAUAAUUCUAAUUGUUCUCAAGAUAAUUUAAAUGAACUUAUGAAAGUUGAGCCUGAAGCAGGACUAUACAAAUGUGAAAUUUGUUUGAAGCAGUAUACUAAAAGAGCUUAUUUGAAAAAACAUUUAAAAAGGCACACAAGUCGCCCAAAACGCACUGAAGGAACACCUUACACAUGUGAAAUUUGUGAAAAGCAGUUUUCUCGUGCAUAUUAUUUGAAACGACAUAAGAGAUGGCAUACUGGAGAAAAACCUUAUAAGUGUGAAACCUGUCUUAAACAGUUUCGUUAUGCAACUAAUUUGACGGUUCAUUUGAGAGUGCAUACUGGUGAAAAACCUCACAAGUGUGAAUUUUGUCCUAAGCAGUUUAAUGAUCCAUAUUAUUUGAAAAUACAUUUGAGGAGACAUACAGGAGAAAAACCGUAUGCCUGCGAAAUUUGUUCCAAGCAGUUUUCUCGGAAACGACUUUUGGAAAGUCAUAACAUGAUUCACACUGUUGAAAACCCUUACAAAUGUGAAUUUUGUUCUAAGCAGUUUACUUCUUCAAAUAAUUUGAAAAGACAUUUGAGAGUGCAUACGGGAGAAAAACCCUUCGAGUGUGAAAUUUGUUUUAAGCAAUUUAGUGAAGCAAGCAGUUUGAAAAAGCAUUUGCGAGUGCACACUGGAGAAAAGCCGUAUACGUGUGACAUUUGUUUUAGGCAAUUUGCUCAAUCAAGCGAUUUAAAAAAACAUUUGGCAACACACACUGGAGAAAAACAUGAGUGUGGAAUUUGUUCGCAGAAGUUUUCUCGAAAAUAUAAUUUAAAUAAGCAUAUGAAAUUACACAAUAAUUGAUAAACUUUAAUGUUAACAUGUUAAUCGCCCAAAUGAAGCGAAAAAUAUCCCACCUCCAGGCCCAACUUAGUUUUUCUAGUAAAUCAUUAAGUUUUUACACUGGAUAUGAUAUACUGGCUGUUAUAAAGUUCUAGGUUAAAAAAAUUCUGUAAAAAUGUAUUUUGAAAAUGACGCCCUACUUAUGGGUUUCAGAUUCUCUGACGACCUAGCGCCGCGAAACCCGAAUUUCGAUUGUCAUUUUUUUUUCGAAUUCUAACAAGUCUGUGUGUGUUAAAAUUGCAAAUGUUUUAUUUAGUCUACAAUCCAUUCGUUGAAACUUGUCGGUACUUUGUUUUACAAAUAACAAUUGUUUUGUAUAAAUAUCUUUAUAAAUAUCGUUGAAUUCAUAAUUUUACUUUGAUCAAAUAUGUUUCUAUUAUGUUUUUGAUUAUGCUGAAUCCGAAUAUAGCAUUACAAUUUGAAAAUUAAAAAAAAUGAGCUCUUAUACAGUAUGUCUGCGUAACUGGGAACCAUUUUUAUUAUUAACUUUACGAAAAAAGUUAUUCUUCAUAAAAUGCUUUGCAUAGUCUAAAAUCUAAAACCAUCAGAUAUCAAAUUUUUAUCAAUUUUAUACGAGGUACGUCAAAAAUAUGAAUUUUGUUAAAGAGUAAAGUACCUUUAUAUUAUAUUUCAGAAUAUCAAAAAUUGUUAUUAUGAAAAUUUGUUUGUUUGGAAUUAAAAACUAUGUUUUAAUAUGCAAUUGGAGGGUUUAUUUCAGAAACAACCAAUGUCACAAAAUCGUUAUAAUUUUAGGGCUAUGGUGGUUUAGUCACGAUAAGUUUGUGAUAAAUGUAAAUGUUAAUUUGCUAUCAAGUAGUGCCAAUAGUUAAAAAUUUCAUAAAAGUGACAUUGGUUGUUUUAGAAAUAAACCCUUCAAUUACAUCCUUCUAAUUGAAAAAAAAAAUUGCAAAUUUUUCUCAAAUUGCGGAUACAAACAUAAUUUUAUUACAAAUAUGAUAACUAUUUUAUUAUCCACUUUACGAAAAAAGUUAUUCUUCACAAAAUGGUCUAAAGGUAUGUAAACAAAUAUGAAUUUCGCUUAACAGUUAAGUACCUACCUUUAUAGUUCACAAUAUUUCAAUUAGAAGGAUAUAAAUUAAACAACUUUUCUCAAUAAAAAUUUCGAGAUUUUGAAAUAUAAAGAAACUUUACUCUUGAGCGAAAUUCAUAUUUUUUGACAUGCCUCGUAUAAAAUUAAUAAAACUUGAUAUCUGGUGGUUGCAUCUUAAGGCCGCGUCUCACCAUCAAAUAAUUUGAUCAAACAGUUUGAGCAAACUUGACGUACUUGAGGAAGUACGUCAAAGUGACGUCACAAUUGCAGUUUUUUGAAAUUCUAAAAAUCUGUGCUCUCACUAUCAGUCUAGUUUGAUCAAAUUUUUUGUAUUGAGUUGUCUAACUUGUUUGUACUUUAUUUAAAAUUAAAAUUUUUCAUUAUUAUCCACAAUGAACACUCAGGAUGUGACGUCACUAACUGUCACUUUCAGUUUGCUCAAAUUAUUUGAUGGUGGGACGCGGCCUUGAUGUAACUGGAGUCUUUAGAUUCUAUACGAUGCAGAGCAUUUUAUAAAGAAUAACUUUUUUUCGUAAAAAUGAUAAUAAAAAAGUUACUGUACAAGACAUACUGUACAAGAGCUAAAAAAAUUUUUAACAUUUAUUAUUUUUUAAGCUUGUUAUUAAAUGUAAUUUAGUUAAGUUGUAACGUUAUGGCUUCUAUAUAUAGGUUAGUUCAAGUCGCGUCGUCACCCCCCAACGGUGUUGUCAUAUUUUGAAAGUCACAACGACUCUUCUGCCAUAAUUACCUCUUACUUUCGGCGUGACGUGUUAUCUUAUGAACUUUUAACGUGAGUAGGUACAUUAUACAAUUGUCUAUUCCAAUUGAUUGAUAUAUUUCUUUUAAAAAUACUAAUAUUUUAUUAUUACUGU